AUGGUCGAGACACUGGAGAUGUACAUUAGCGCUACAAAGUUUUUGGAUACGUAUUGGGUUGGAAAAGAGAAGAAAAUAAGAAUGGAGUUUGUACACAAAAAUUCUCAGCCCGAAGCACAGGAUGGAGCAGAACCCGAGAGCGUCAAUAUUUGA